GAAAAAAGUGAGGGAGCGACUUUAGAGAGUGGUGCGACCCAGUUCAAACAUACGGCCAUUGUUGUAUGGGCUAGCCAUAUAUAUAUAUGUGUGCUGUAUCUGCACUGCAGUUUUGUUGGUGUGAAAGUUUAACCUCGCGUCAGUUUUGUAGAAAACCUGAUAUUUACAUACUUUUUUUUUGUUUUGUUGCCAUGUCCGAGGAGAUUGAAGGAAGAAGGCCCUCCAGCGAUGAGGCAACACACAAGGAACAGCAGGAGAUUGAUGAUAAUGUCAUCACUCCAGAGAAGGCAGAGGAGGUGAAACUGAAGGCCAGGUACCCUCACCUUGGAGCCAAACCUGGGGGCUCUGACCUGCUCCGGAAACGCCUUCAGAAAGGGCAAAAGUUCUUUGACUCUGGGGACUACAACAUGGCCAAGGCUAAGGUGAAGAACAAGCAGCAGCUCCCUGCAGUGACGCCGGCUGAGAAGGCAGAGAUUACCGGGGACCAUAUCCCCACACCCCAGGACAUCCCCCAGAGGAAGCCCUCUAUCGUGGCUAGCAAACUGGCUGGCUGAGUGGGUUGAUGGAACUAGGAACCAUGGAACUAGGAACCAUGGAACCUUGGAACUGUUUUGUUCUGUUACCAUUCCAUCGCUCGCUGUUGUUCUCUCUCUGAGCCGGUCUCAAUUAGUUCCCUAUGUCUACCGCUUGGCACUAACCCUUCAAUGCAUGCAUAUAUUACUGGCCCUUCCUCCAUAUUCCUCACAUUUGUUCAAACAUUGAAGAGGUGGGGGGGCCUUGGCUCC